UCGCCAGGACAGUCAGAGAAUCAGAAGAGUCUCAAUGAAGCCAAAAAAAGAGAGAGGAACCAAAGGAUAAAGAGAGAAAAGAAAGAGACUGACUUUCGAAAAAAGCUCUCUCUCUCUUUCUCUCUCAUUCCAAAGAAGAUAAAAAGAGACAACUCAGAAAGAGAAGAUGAUAAGAGAGAGAAAUAAAAUUACCAAAUCGAGAGAAGAGAAAUAGAAUUCAAUUGAACCCGAGAAACGAAAGAGAAGAAGAGUAAAUAAAGACAGAGAAAAGAAAGACUACCAAAAAACGAAGACAGAGGAGACGAAGAAAAGAAAGGAAAGGUAAGAGAGAGAGAGAGAGAGAGAGAGAGUUUCAUCUUCCUCUUCUUUCUUCUUCAUCCUCUUCUUUUUUUCUUCCAUUAGUUGUUGACCCAAAAGAGAAAAACAAUCUCAGGUCCACAUGAGAAACUUGAUCAGAAAUCGAAUAAAAUUUGAAAUAAUUUUCUCUCUUCACCUACCUUUUUUAUCUUCUAAAAAUUUUCUUUUCUAUUUGAUAUCAACACACAUGAACUAAUUGAUUCUCCCAAUCAACUAACGAUAAAGAUUAAGAACUUAAAUACUAAUAAAUUCCCGAAAAUUUCUCAAACAACUCAAACAUUAGUUUUUCUCUGUUCAAGUCUUUUAAUAUUGAAGAAUAUUUUUUUUCUCUUCUCUUGUUAUUGUUUUUUCUCUGUCUACCUCUGUCUUUUUUUCUCUGUGUAAUUUUCUCUCUGUUUGUUGUUAUUUUCUUUUCCUCAUGUUUUCCUAUUUAUCUUCCUCUUCUUCCUCUUCGAAUGUUAUUAAACGAAUAAUGAUGUGAUUCUGUUGUCAAAUUCUCAUCUCAUCCAACAUCACCUUCUCCUCAUCUUCUUCUGUCUGUGUUUCUUUUCCUUUGUCAUUCAUGUUCUUUGUUCUAAUCCACACAUUAAGUGUCUUCUUUAGUUGUGAUCACUUUGUGUCAACAUCAAUUUAAUCUCCAUCAUCGAACUCACCAAAAUUCGAACACCUUAAUCAUAUCCGUUCGUCUUAUCGUCGUUCACCAGAACCUUUUCCCUUUCCCCUGUUCACCUUUUCCAAACUCGACGAAAUGUUUUCAUUUUCACUCUAAAACCGAUCAAAUCUUAAUCCAUCUUAAUCUCUAAUCUUUAAUUUCUCAACAUUCGAAAAUUGUAAAAUUCUUAUAAUGUUAAUCAACGAUUUUCUUUCGAGUAUUUGAAUUGAAUUACAUGUUGUAAUCUCUUCAAUACCAUGAAUUGGUGGUCAUCAUCAUGUCGACUUCAGUGUUACCGUAAUGAAAUUUGUUCGAGAAAUUACAGAUUCCAAUUCUACUAGUGAACGGAAAAGCUCACCACUUUUGGGAACAUGUUUACGACGAUCAUCAACCGAUAGUAGUGGAGCUUAUUUACCUUGUUCAACCCUCGCCGGUGAGAUUAGUGGAAGUGCCAAAACCUCCGAUAUCGGUAAUUGUAGUUGUGAUCAACCUGAGAGUUCAAAAUCUCACCAGCAACAAUCAAAUUCAUCAUCACCAAAUGGUUCCAAUUCGAGUGGUCAUCGUGUCCACCAUUCUCAUGCAUCGGCCACUUUAAUCUCGACAACUUCCACCGUCAUCAAUGGUUCCACCAAUAGUCCCAACUCAUCGCCAAGUAAAUUAAUCCGAUCAUCUGGACGACGAUUACAGUCCAUUUGGACGGCGGUCAAACGCUUUUCACCGGUUAACCGGCUUAAAACGGGUUCACCAUUGUUGACCAAGAAGAGGAAGACAUUUGAACAAGCCUCGAGGGUUUGCCUUUCCCACCCUGAUCUCAGUGUUCACGAUUUAUCUUCCGUUUGUAAGCCCCGAUCUCGAGAUGAUUUGGACAUAUUGGCCAUCAAUAAAGCCGCAGCGGCUGCAGCCGGAGCCAUUGGAGUGACCAGUGGAAGUCUAACUCAAAAAGAUUCAACUUCAUCCGAUCAGUUUGACCUCAGGUCAGCAAUUAGACGACGUCAUUCAUUUACUCGAGAUCGUUCAGAUGAAGAAAUAAUUAACAGUUAUAUUACCUCAACACCUAAAAAAUUGGAUGAUUCGGAGGAACGUCAAAGAAUUGAUCAAUUCCGUCAACAUCCAUUUUAUCAACUUGAAGUUCACCUACAAUCAGCUAAUAACCUUCUAGCUAAAGACAGUUGUGGUACCAGUGAUCCUUAUGUUAAAUUCAAGAUUGGAAAUAAACAGUUAUAUAAAAGUCGAAUUAUUCCCAAAAAUCUGAACCCGAUUUGGGACGAAUACACGGUUCUGGCCAUUGACGAUGUUUUCCAACCUUUGAUGAUUAAGGUUUACGAUCAUGAUUUCGGAUUAACUGAUGAUUAUCUUGGAACUGCGAUUCUGGACUUGACUAGAUUAGAGAUUAACAAAUCAACUGAAUUAGAGUUUAAUUUAACUGAAACCGGAUUAGAUGAAAUUGAUCCUGAUAAAAUUUGGGGACAAAUUUACCUAACGGUUAAUUUAGUGCCUCGAACUCAAGAGGAAAAGGAACAGUAUUAUCGUAAACCUUUACGUAAUAUCAAUCUAAGUGCUUCCGGUGAUACAUCAACCAAGAAAUUGAAGACACAACAAUGGGACUCAGUUGUGAAUAUCGUUCUGGUUGAAGGUAAAAAUUUAACUCCAAAGGACGAGAACGGUUUAUCUGAUCCUUAUGUUAAAUUUCAAUUGGGUAAAGAAAAGCAUAAAAGUAAGGUUAUUCCUAAAUCAUUGAAUCCAAUCUGGAAUGAGCAAUUUGAUUUACACACUUUUCCUGAUCAAAGUAAAGUGUUGGAGUUGUUUGUUUAUGAUCGUGAUUUUCAUGGACGUGAUGAUUUCAUGGGAAAGGCAACAAUUAACCUUAACAAUUAUAAUCAAGAAGAGACUCAUUCAAUUUGGUCUGAUCUUCAAGAUGGUGAAGGUUCAAUUUUACUCAUGUUAACAAUUAGUGGGACUCUUGGUUCAGAGUCAAUAUCUAAUUUAGCAACUAGAUCGGAUAAUACAAAUCAAAUUGAACAAUUAAAAAGUCAAUAUGGUUUGGUCAGAUCGUUCAAAUGUCUUAAUGAUGUUGGUUUUCUGGAGGUUAAAGUAUUUCGAGCUGAAGGAUUAAUAGCUGCUGAUCUUGGUGGUAAAUCUGAUCCUUUUUGUGUAGUCGAACUUGUUAAUGCUCGAGUUCAAACAAACACUGAAUACAAGACACUUUGUCCUGAAUGGAACAAAAUAUUUACAUUUCCAGUUCGUGAUAUUCACGAAGUAUUGGAAUUAACUGUUUAUGAUGAAGAUCGAGAUAAAAAGUUUGAAUUUCUUGGUAAAGUUGCUAUUCCUCUACUAAAGAUUGUAAAUGGUGAGAAAAAAUGGUUUCCAUUAAAAGACAAGAAACUAUUGAAACGAACCAAAGGUCGAAUCUUAUUGGAAAUGACAAUUUACUUUAAUCAUGUUCGUGCUUGUAUACGCACAUUUAAUCCACGAGAGAUUAAGGUUAUCUCGGAAGUUUCGAAAUUCAAGAAAUCCAUUUUCGUUCGUAACGUUUACCGAGUUAAAAGCCUCGCAAUGGAAAUCCGUCAAAUCUACAAUUGGAUUAAUAGUUGUUUCCAAUGGGAAAAUGUGCCUCGAUCAAUUAUCUCCUUUAUUACCUUUUUACUGAUUACCUUUUAUUUCCAACUAUUUAUGGUUCCGUUAUUUUUAUUGCUAAUCUUUUUACGAUAUUAUAUUUGGAAUAAAAUUUCAUCUUAUUUUAAUCCUAAUCCGAGUUCCGAUGAAUCAGCUGAUCUCCUUUUGGAAGGCGAUGAAGACGAUGACAAAGAUCAAGGGGAGGAGAAAAAAUCAUUAAUGGAAAAGUUCAAUGCGAUUCAAGAAGUUGGUGCAACCGUUCAAAAUGCCUUGGGCAUGAUUGCCUCUUAUAUGGAGAGAGUUAAAAAUACUUUUAAUUUUAGUGUGCCUUUUUUAUCGUGGUUAGCGAUUGUGGUUUUAAUUGUUGCAACGAUUAUCGUUUACUUCAUACCUUUGCGUUAUAUUAUCAUGGCCUGGGGGGUUAAUAAAUUCACUAAGAAAUUAAGAAAUCCUAAUUACAUAUCCAACAAUGAGUUGAUUGAUUUCUUAUCCAGAAUUCCUGAUAUCGAUGAACUUGUGAUGUAUCGUGAGCUAAAUGAUGAGAUUAAUUCACCAAGUGAUCAACUAAUUGCUGCUUCAAACACUAAUAGUAAACGGACAAAGAAACGUCAAUGAGUUUUUGAUUGCAAGUUAAUUGUUUUCAUUGAUUGUAAACAAUUUGGAUUUAACUUUCAAUCAGAAAUCAACUUUUUCCCAAAUCCAAUCAUUAACAAUCAUCUUAAUUACUAUCAUUAUCUUUAUCGUCCACAAACAAUUAAUAUUUCUGUUAAAUAUUAUCCUCGCUUUCUAUGCAUUCCCUGUUGUUAAUUGUUAUUAUAUUAAUUCAAUUUAAUUCAGUUAAUUUUAACAAUCGAGUUGAGAAAAAAAAUACUUUUGUUUGGUUGUGAUGAAUUUAAAAAAAGAAAACACUUACUACAAUUAACUAAUUGUUGAAUCUAUAAGAGAUAUGAUCAACUCGUUGAUUGAGGUUAAUUAAUUUUCACCAGUUGUCUUUCCUUAAUUGUUAUCGUAAGAAACUAAUUACAAUCAAAUUUGAUUCCGUCUUGUUGUUAGAAUUGAUUGACUAACAAUUAAUAUAAUUAUGAUGAUGAUAAAACAAAACUGGAUGAAAAUGAUUAAACAAUCAACUAUUUAAUUAAAUUAAAACACUUUUGAUGAGUGAA